ACAGAUAUUUUUCCCUCUAAGAGGUUGGCAACACUGGCUGUGGUGAAUGGGGGGUGAGAAAAACGCACAAAGUCAGAGCAUAAAGCAAAGAAGAAGGAAGGUAACAAAAAAAAACUACAAUUAAAUCUCGUAUUUCGAAAAGUACGUACUCGCGAGUGUGUAUGUGGAAGCAAAAAAGUGAUAGGCAUUAAAUAUAGUAAAACGGGCCGUUGCUGACACCCCUCCCCCAGCACACAAAGCAACAGCGACAGCAGCAGCACCAACAACAACAACAAUAAUAUCAAUACCAAUAAAUUGACCAUGAACAACGGAUUCAGCACCGGUGAGGAGGACUCACGGGGUGGCCAUACGGACCAAACGUGCUGCCUGAUCGAUGACAUGGAGCGAUGCCGCAAUCAGGCUGGCUACGCCGGCUACAGCAAACGUAUACAGAAAACGGUGGCCCAAAAGCGUCUUAAGCUAAGCAGCGAUCCAAGUGCGCAGCACAUUUACAUAUGUGACUAUCAUAAAGCCAGAAUACAAUCGGUGCGUACGAAGCGUAGGCGCAAGGACAGCGAGGAUGACAGCAACGAAACGGACACCGAUUUGCAUGAAUUUCCCGAUCUAUACCAGCUGCAUGUGUCCACACUGCGUCGUUACAAGCGUCACUUUAAGGUGCAGACGCGGCAGGGCAUGAAACGUGCCCAGUUGGCGGAUACCAUCAUGAAGCAUUUCAAGACAAUACCCAUUAAGGAGAAGGAGAUCAUCACGUUCUUUGUGUAUAUGGUUAAAAUGGGCUCCAACAAAUUGGACCAAAAGAACGGCAUUGGCAAUGAUACCACUUGAACGCAACUCCUACGGCAGCGACGGUAUCGGUAUCAAUAUCGUUAUUAAUAUUGAUGCCAUCUGCUAAUAUCAGCGCUGCUGUCUCUCUAACACACACACACAAACACACACAAAACAAUAGACACAUACAUACGUAUACCAAACCACACAUAUGAAAAGGGCCUACAGUGAAAUUGAAAUAGAAGCAAAAUAAGCAGCAUAAAUAAUAAUUAUAUAGCCCAAAGCUUUUAGUGCUUUUACAAUUGUUUAUAACUUUGCUCAACAAUUUGCCAGCCGGAGUAAUGUUAUGUCCUUGGCUGCAAAAUCCGUGUUAAACUUGUAAAAUGCGGCUCAUUCCGCUGGUUCGGGCCUGUGACCAAGAUUUACAGUUAGUCAAAUAACUAUUUUGACAAAUUUAAAAUUUUAUUUAAAAAAAAAAAAAAAAUACGAGUAUUUUUAUUUUAUUUUCUUAUUUUGUUGUAGUUGCUUAUGGUUAUUAGAACAAGUGAAAAACAGAAACAAUAUCCAUUGGAACCAACAAUUUCAAAAAAAUAUAACCACUUUUUUUUUUUUUUUUUUGUCAAAACAUUUAAUUGACAUUCUUGUAUAUUUUGUGGGCUCAAUUUUGUGGAACGGUUGUGUGGCAAUCGAUGCUAUUCGUAAUUUAAUUUCUAUACAUACAGAUUUAUUAAGUA